CAACGAUCAUGUUGCAAAAUAAACAAUCAGAUUCGGGCCCCCGUCAGAACAAAUUUACUUAGUUAUUUUAUUACUUGUGUCAACAUUUUAGAUCGAUAUUAUAAGAUUAUUUACUGAUCGGGAGUACGUAGCAUGUUUUUUUGAUAUAUUUUUUACUUGAGAGUGAGUGAAAAUGGUGUUGUUACCACCGUGCGCCCCUGAACUUUGCGGGAAGGAUUUCCGACAUACUUUGAAGAAGCCGAGCCCAAACUAUCCUUAUGGAUACAAGACGAAGACACCCAGGGUUGUACCUGCAUUUACUAUACAAGCCAUGCAGAAGAACACCAAGGUUCUUCCUCCACCAAAAUGUGGUGUGUUCGAUCCUUUGCCACCACGACCUACUUUGUUCAGGAAGUGUUACCAACGGGGGGAAUUUCCAGUCUGUAUCGAGUUUACAAACUUUGGCAAGCGGUUGUCAUGGAAGGUGCCGAUAGAAAAGCUGGACUUCCACCAUUACCUGCCAAUGUUCUUCGACGGUCUCGCCGAGGCUUCAUACCCAUACACCUUCAUCGUGGAGAGAGGAAUCAACGACCUGAUCACCAAGGGAUCCUACAAGGUCCUGCCCGUGGUACCACAACUUAUCAUACCAAUUAAAAAUGCGCUAGCGACGAAGCGACCCUCGGUAAUCUGUCACGCACUCAGGUGCAUUCAAAUGCUGGUGUCUGGCUGUGAGAAGGUGGGAGAGGCUCUCGUACCCUAUUACCGGCAGAUACUGCCGACAUUGAACCUGUUCAAGGACAGAAACCGUAACAUUGGAUCUGGCAUCGACCACACGACGACGCGUGGAGAGAAUGUCGCAGAUCUCAUUGAGAGUACGUUGCAAAUGCUGGAGAGAUACGGAGGCCCUGAUGCGUUCAUCAAUAUAAAGUAUAUGAUCCCGACAUAUGAAUCAAGUGUUCUUAACUAAUUUUACAACGUAGAUUGCACUUAUUAGCAAAUGUGAUUUUUUAAAUUAGUUAUUGUUAUUAUCGCCAAUUUUGAUCAUGACCUAGUGAUAUUAUUUUAAUAUUAUUAGCUUUAUUUAAAUCGAUUAUGACUUUUAACGCAAUUUUUUUUGCAGCGUUUUAUAUGUAGACGCUAAAGGUAAUCAGGUACUUGAAUAUUAUGAAGUUUUUUAUGAUAGUGUAUUAAGAUUUUUUAUAGUAUCAAAUUUUGUAUGUGUCUGUGAGUAGAUUGUACGCGUGUUAUUGACUUAGAAGUUGUAUUGUCUUAUGUAGUCAAGUUCUUGUUUACGUGUGGUUAAAAGACAAAGGAGCGGUGUGUCGUGACCAAAUUCAAAUACCACGCGUAUUCAAUUAAUGUUCACCAUAUUUUAGCUUGAACAUAAAACAAUAUACAAUUGUAUCGGUGUGUUUAUGAACUUAGAAUAAUGGCCACGCCUAUUGAAUUAAGUGUUAUUCUAAAUACUCACUAUUGUGUUUAGUGAAAUUCUAUUGAAUUGUUAAUUUUUGCAAUUAUGUUUAUUGCGGCCUUGGUAAGUCUCAGUUGGUUUUGUUCAAGUUUAUAUUACGUUAUAAUAUUAAGUUUGGUGUAAUAAAUUUUUGGAGUGAUA